UCUUUCUCCUUGCCAGUGUGUGUGUGUGUUUCGGUGACGGCGUCACCAGCCCGGGUUCUCUUUGGCGAGCGGAGAGAAGGAAGGGACUGGGAGCCAGGGGGGUGGAGGCGGGGGAAGCAGGGCGGGCGGGAGGGAAUUACCAGCCAUCGCUCUCACUACCAGCAUGUCUGGCCAGCGGCAGCCUCUCCCGCUGCCGCUGCCGCCGCCGCCGCCUCCCCGGGGCUGAUCGCGGCCCCCUCCUCCCGCCGCUGCUGCCGCCGCUGCCGCUGCUGCUCCGCGGGCAGCCCUCGUGGGUGUCUCCCGGAGGUUUCCCGCUCCCCGGGGCCGCGGUGUAUGUUCCCCUCCUGCCACUGUGUGCGGGGAGGCAGGAGGACGAUGAAAAUGAUCCGCUUUAGGAGUUCGAGCAUCAAAUCACUCAGCCAGGAGAUGAAAUGUACCAUCCGGCUGCUGGACGAUUCCGAAAUCUCCUGCCAGAUCCAGAGGGAGACCAAAGGUCAGUUUCUCAUAGACCACAUAUGCAACUAUUACAGUUUGCUGGAGAAGGAUUAUUUUGGCAUUCGCUAUGUGGAUCCUGAGAAGCAACGGCACUGGCUAGAACCCAACAAGUCAAUCGCCAAGCAAAUGAAAACUCAUCCACCAUAUACCAUGUGCUUUAGAGUGAAAUUCUACCCUCACGAACCUUUGAAGAUUAAAGAAGAGCUCACCAGGUACCUUUUAUAUUUGCAAAUUAAAAGAGAUAUUUUCCAUGGUCGUCUGCUGUGCUCCUUUACAGAUGCUGCCUACCUGGGGGCCUGUAUUGUUCAAGCUGAGUUUGGGGACUAUGACCCCGAUGAACACCCAGACAAUUACAUCAGUGACUUUGAGAUUUUCCCGAAGCAGUCCCACAAGCUGGAAAGGAAAAUAAUGGAAAUCCACAGGAACGAACUCAGGGGCCAGAGUCCUCCAGUUGCUGAAUUUAACUUACUACUGAAAGCACAUACUUUGGAAACCUAUGGGGUGGAUCCCCAUCCCUGCAAGGAUUCAACAGGGACGACGACAUUUUUAGGAUUCACUGCUACAGGGUUUGUCGUAUUCCAGGGAAAUAAAAGAAUCCACUUGUUAAAAUGGCCGGAUGUCUGCAAAUUGAAGUAUGAAGGGAAGACAUUCUAUGUGAUUGGCUCUCAGAAGGAGAAAAAGGCCAUGUUGGAAUUUCACACCUCAACUCCGGCUGCUUGUAAACACCUCUGGAAGUGUGGGGUGGAGAAUCAGGCCUUCUACAAGUAUGCAAAAUCCAGUCAGAUCAAGACGGUGUCAAGCAGCAAAAUAUUUUUUAAAGGCAGUAGAUUUCGAUAUAGUGGCAGAGUUGCCAAAGAGGUAGUGGAGGCGAGUUCCAAAAUCCAGAGGGACCCUCCUGAGGUGCACAGAGCCAACAUUACCCAGAGCAAGAGUUCCUACUCUUUGAAUAAGCAGCUCAUAAUCAACAUGGAACCCUUGCAGCCACUUUUGCCUUCUCCCAGUGAACAGGAAGAGGAGGUUCCUUUGGAUGGUGGUAUUCCAUUACUGAGAGAAGAUGACCACUCAGCCCCUGUGAUAUCUAGCUCACCAAUAAAGAACAUUGGAGAGUAUGGGGACUUCUCCAGGGAGCAGGAGGAGAAAAUCAAAGAGGAACCUUUGACUAUCUCAGAACUGGUCUACAACCCAAGUGCCAGCCUGCUUCCCACCCCAGUCGAUGAGGAUGAGAUCGACAUGCUCUUUGACUGUUCUUCGAGGCUCGAGUUGGAAAGGGAAGACACUGAUUCAUUCGAGGACCUAGAAGCAGAUGAAAAUGCCUUUUUGAUGGCCGAGGAAGAAGAACUCAAGGAGGCCCGGAGAGCCUUGACAUGGAGCUAUGACAUUUUGACAGGCAACAUCCAGGUGAACCCCUUCGUAAAGAGUUUCUCCAGGCUCCUUGUUGUAGGUUUGGGACUGUUACUGUUUGUAUUCCCUCUCCUCCUCGUCCUUUUGGAGUCAGGCAUCGAUCUGUCCUUUCUUUGCGAAAUUCGUCAGACACCAGAGUUUGAACAGUUCCACUAUGAAUAUUACUGUCCUCUCAAGGAGUGGGUGGCAAGAAAAAUAAACUUUAUCCUCUACUUGUUGGGUUGCUCAUAAAGUUAACAUGAUAUGUGACUAAGGGCUAUAUUCAAUACUAGUGAUUUUUCUUUCUUUUUUUUUAGCAACUGCUUGGUUUUUAGAAAGGUCAUGGGGCCAUCAGCAGGUAGCUUGUUUCAUCCUUGUUCCAUAUAUAACAGACUGUUCAACUCCUUAAGUUAGCUUUUCAUAAUUCAAUACAUUUGAAUAAGUUAAAAGUCAGAUAAAACAUUAUUUUAGUCAUAGGCCAGAAUGGUGGCCCUGUUUAAGUAACCAAAAAGAUAUUUAUUUUUAUUGCAUUGUAGACUUACUGCUUACCCACUAUACCAUAGAACAUUAUGCAGAGCUAACUUUUGCUUUUUUUUAAGUUUGUAGCAUUAUAAGCUGUAAGGUUCAGAACCUGCGUUUUAGUAAAAUUGGAGGGAAAUGUUUUUGAAUAUACUCCUUAGUGCAACAAUCUCUUCUAACCAAUGCCUAUACAAGCAAAGUUUAUGCUGGGUUUUUGUUGUUUUUUUUAAAAAUAUUUUUAUGUGUUCAAAAUAUUUUGGUAAAUUUUUAGCAAAAGAAGUCUUCUGAAGUUAUUUAAGUGUACAGAUUGUAAGAUUAAUGCACAAACGGCACAUGGGGAAUUUUUUUAAUGUUUUGGCAGUGAUUUGUUUUUAAAAAAAUAUUUUUGGCUGGACAAUUCUAUAAUUUGUUAUACCUGCAUAUGAGAUAGCAAACUCUUAGGAGAAUAAUAUAGGAAGUUUAGGAAGCAGAGGAUAUAAUGGGGAAUAUAUCUAAUUUAAAAAACAGAAACAACACCGCCUAUGAAAUAUGACCGAAGUUGCUCCAGUAACAAUAAUCUGUUUCUGAAUAUCUUCCUUCUAAAGUGUAGGGAGACGAUAUCAUUGACAAGAUGAUGAGUCACCUUCACCUGUGUCCUGUUAUUUUCUAUCUCAGCUGAUGCAGCAGAAAGUCAUUGGAAGAGAGUGAAAGUGAUUCCCAAGAGGGUGCUGGAUCCCCAAGCUAAUUGUACAUUGUGUACAUAACAAGAGAGAAAGGGAAGGACUAGAAUGUAGCCCCCCAAAAAGAAUUUCUAGCCAGGACGUGGUAGGUGAGCAGUGGAAGCUUAACUUUAAGAAAGUCAUAGGAGAUGUAGGUUAUAUGAUGAUUUAAGAGAAUGAAGCCUGGAGUCAGAGUUGAUAGAAACGUGUGUUAUUACAAAUGCAUUUUCAGGAAAAAAGGGGGAGGGAAUUUUAAGGUAAGUGUCUUAGUCCCUCAUUCUAUUCAUUAUGAUUCCAUGAAACCAACUCCAGAGAGUCACUGGGGGGAAGAGGGAGGCUGUGUGUGUGUAUGAUGUGUGUGUGUAUGAUGUGUGUGUGUGUGUGUGUGUGUGUGUGUGUGUGUGUGAGAGAGAGAGAGAGAGAGAGAGAGAGAGAGAGAGAGAGAGAGAGAGAAACUUUUCCGUGUGUGACCCUGUUACCCUGUAGGGUUAGAAAUGCAGCUUGCAAUACCAUUUAUACAACCCUAACCCUAAUUCUUUCAAGUCUGUCUGUGGGCAGACAGGGUUCACUUGGAGGAUUUAGAAAAAUUGUCAUGCAUGUAGUAGCAUUCCAUUUUUUUUUAAAGUGCAGGAUCUUUGACAGGGAAAUGUUCCCAUGGCGCCAUGGGAACUAUUCUUCCAUAUAGGGGAGAAAAAAAUGGUUUAGUACCCUUCUUAUUAGUAUUUAAACCAUGGAUGUGGGGUUUGUUGUAGUACCACAGAGAGAAUAUGUCCCUAUUGUGAGAACUAUAGUCCCCACAAAGUAAAUGACACAAAAUAAUUUCAUUUGGUUUAUAAAAGACUCCCUUCCCCUCACCCCUCAUCCAUCAUCUUGGAGCUUUUUCUAUAAUGUGAGCCUCAUUUAAAAAAGAGGUUGGUUAACCUAUGGACUCUCUGACUCUAUUUACCCUUUAAAUUUACCAUGAGCAUAUUUUUCAAAAUCGCUCAGUAAUUUUUUAUCUGGGCAUUUGUAGAUGUCGAUGCCUGGUUUUUGGUGCUAAGAGCCCAAAUUGAAGGCUCUGGAUGCCUCAUUUAGACAUCUGAUUUUGCAAAUUGGAUUGAAAGGUAGCUCAUGAAACCUUUCUCUACUUGGAUCUGAAAUAAUUUAAAUAAUUUGAAUUAAAUUAGCUAUAUUAGGGUUUAUAACCUUAAAUUUCAAUGCUACUCUUCAUAUGAUUUCAGUAAUUUAUUAUGCCUUCUAUUAAUAUAUAAAAAUCCAGUAAUAUGAUGUACCUUAAUUCUCUGGUCCUCCAACCUUUCUCCAUUUGUUGUCUUUGAGAGUUUUGCAAGUAACAAACUUGGAAAGUAAUGUUUCAUUAAUUUAUUUUAUUUCUUCCUACUUUUUCAUAUUGACUCAUAUUGUAAAGCUAUACUUGUGAGUCUCCGAAAUGACUAUGCUCUAGUGAAAUCUACUAAACUAUUUUUUCUUCCUAAGGUAAAUGAACUUUUCUCCCCACCACACUAUUAUUUAACACCUUACAACCUAUUCCUCAGAGUACUGAUCAAUGUUAGGAAGAUGUAUUUUAAAUAGUAACAAAUACAGAUCUAAAAAAAAUCCAGCUAAACAUCCCCUUUCCCUUGGACAGAAUCCCAUAGUGAACAGAUGUGUUUGUGAAUAGACAGAUUGGCUGGGAUAUUAAGAAUCCAAUGAGUUUAUAUAAUGACAACAAAAGCUAGGACUGGGAUUCUCGAAUAUAAAACUUGAGUGUUGCAUUAUAGAGCUUUGGAGGUAAUACUGGGUUUAUUGGGGAAAUUUUUGUCAUCCAUUGGCUGGUCAAAUAAAGACAAGAUUACUUCUGGAAAUGAACAGUACAAGAUAUGGUUGGAGAUGAAAAGGAAGUGUGUGAGUAUAUGUACAGACCAUAUUUUCUGUAUGUGUGUGUUUAUAUAUAUGUCUUUAUAUGUGUAUAUGUACACAUGCUAAUGAUACAUAUUUCAUAUACAUGCUGGUUCUCAUUUUACCUUGCAUGGGCAUUUCUGGUAUUUGUUCGCUUUUCCCUGCAGACGUUGUAGUGGGUUAAACUCACUAAGUACUUAAUUUGUUGGUGACUAUAAUUGUGUAUACAUCUGUGGAUAUAUAGGCACACACAAGUGAGAUAUAUACAUAUACACACACAACUUGUUGGCUACAGUGCUAAUGAAAGUCGGAUCAUAAAGAAUUUGUAGGUUAAGUGUUGUGUAUUUCUGUCUGUGCUUUGAACUAUCUUGUAAAAUGUUAUGUAUUUGGAAUAUAUUUUGUGGUUUGUCUGAUAUUUAUAAACACAGCUCUGGGAAGAAUAAAAUAUGGAUUGUUGAUUACUUCAUCGAAUUACUAAAGAUCUGGGGGGACAAGUACCUGUGAUUCGAGCCUUAUCUUUGUACAGUGAAUUUCACAUUUCUAUGUCAACAUGGGGAUUGUUUUGUAUGUCAGUAUGGUGGCAGGAUUCCCUAAUAAAACUACUCUGGGAAGAAACAAACAAAAA